UUCUCGGCAUCGCGAAUUUUCUCUGGAGCCUUUGUGGCCCCAAAGAAGACUGCCUCCGCCUCGAAAAGCUCUCUUGAUGGACUGAAAGAUGCCGAGAUUCGGGCCAUCCCCUGCUUUGAUAGGUACGGAAAGGUCGCCGAACUAAACCAUCCCCCUCUGCCACCGAACGAGCGACGACGGCGCCCGCGGCCUCGUGCCCCAGCGUAUAUCGGCAACCGACAGAGCAAUAUCGGCCUCAAUGCCGCUGGAGGUGGCGAAGGUGGUAGUGGCGUCGAGGGCAAAGGAGCCAGUUGGCAUGAAGAGGAAGACAACGAGCCACCAUUGAUCCGAGUUGCUGCCUUCGACUAUCAAAACACAUCGACUGUAUGUGCUCUGAUUGAGUUCAGAGGCCUGAUGCACAUCUACUAUCUGAACAGCCAACACAAAGUGAGACCAAUUGCUGCGUCUCACACUGAUGUGUGA